AGCCGGCGAGACGGGACGCGGCUCCCACCAUCAUCCGCUCGCUCGCAUUAUUAUCACCCUACGCCCCUCCUCUCCUCUCCGACUCCCCCCCCUGCUCGCCAACGAGCAGCAGCAGAUUCACCUGCAGCUCCGACUCUCCCCGCUCCUAGUCCCGGCGCCGGCUGCUGAGAGCUUUCAGGAAGCACCGGAGGGGCUGCGGUGGCGGCGGGGAUGGGGAAGCCGCGGGUAGCGCUGGCCCUGGCGGCGGCGCUCGCCCUGCUCCUCUCCUGCUCGGACGUCGUCGUCAGAGCGCAGGACACCGAGAGGAUCGAAGGUAGCGCGGGUGACGUGCUGGAGGAUGAUCCAGUGGGGAGGCUGAAGGUGUACAUCUACGAGCUGCCCACCAAGUACAACAAGAAGAUGGUGGCCAAGGACUCCAGGUGCCUCAGCCACAUGUUUGCUGCGGAGAUAUUCAUGCACCGGUUCCUGCUAUCGAGUGCGACACGGACCAUGAACCCGGAGGAGGCCGACUGGUUCUACACGCCGGUGUACACGACCUGCGACCUCACUCCGUGGGGCCAUCCCUUGCCCUUCAAGUCCCCGCGGAUCAUGAGAAGUGCAGUUCAGUUCAUCUCCUCGCACUGGCCCUAUUGGAACCGGACAGAGGGUGCUGAUCAUUUCUUUGUGGUGCCACAUGACUUUGGGGCAUGCUUCCAUUACCAGGAAGAGAAGGCAAUCGAGCGGGGAAUUCUUCCAUUGCUUCGUCGUGCUACACUGGUACAGACUUUUGGGCAGAAGGAUCAUGUGUGCCUAAAGGAGGGCUCAAUCAACAUUCCACCAUAUGCUCCUCCCCAGAAAAUGAAAACUCACCUUGUUCCCCCAGAGACCCCGCGGUCCAUCUUUGUGUAUUUCCGAGGUUUAUUCUACGAUACAGCGAAUGAUCCUGAGGGUGGUUACUAUGCAAGAGGUGCUCGUGCAUCGGUGUGGGAGAACUUCAAGAACAACCCUCUUUUCGACAUCUCGACGGACCACCCACCCACCUACUAUGAGGACAUGCAGCGCGCCAUAUUCUGCCUGUGCCCGCUGGGCUGGGCCCCAUGGAGCCCCCGUCUGGUGGAGGCCGUGGUGUUCGGAUGCAUCCCGGUGAUCAUUGCGGAUGACAUUGUCCUGCCCUUUGCUGACGCCAUCCCGUGGGAUGAGAUCGGUGUGUUCAUCGCAGAGGACGAUGUCCCGAAGCUGGACACCAUCCUCACGUCCAUCCCGAUGGAGGUGAUCCUGCGGAAGCAGAGGCUGCUGGCGAACCCGUCGAUGAAGCAAGCCAUGCUUUUCCCGCAGCCCGCCCAGCCUGGCGACGCCUUCCACCAGAUUCUGAACGGUCUGGCGCGGAAGCUCCCGCAUGACAAGGGCGUGUACCUGACCCCAGGGCAGAAGGCGCUGAACUGGACCCAGGGCCCUAAGGGCGACCUGAAGCCAUGGUAGGUAGCAGCGCAUGGCGCCAUGAGCUGAUGGUGUUCAGUCAGAAUCAGCCCAGCCAAGCCAAGCCAUUACGGUCAAGUGUAAAGCUCCUUACUUCCUACUACCUUGCUUCUUUUUGUGGCAAUGUGCCUGCCUACCUUCCAUGUGUAACAUGGUUACCUUGUUUUUUGUUGCCCUAGUGCUAGACUACUACUGCUGUAGGUGAUGAUGGAUCAUAUAGUAAUUAUGUAUAUGACCUUUGUGUUACAUUGCUAUAUAGAUGCCGAUCUGUAAUGCGAAAAAUAAUUAAGUAACGUUAACAACA